GUCGUCACCAAAGAUAAAUUCGCAUUGAUCAUUCGAACGUAUGUUGCAUGUCUUCCGGCCAAUGAAAAGCAGCGGCUGAGAGAGGAGGGAAUUAAUGUCGAUAAAUCUACCACGUCCCUGUUUAAUUAUCCAAGGUAUCUUCGUAAUUUCGAAUCUCAACUAAUCCGAUUUGCCAUCGAGAAGUGGCUACAAUCUUUGAACAGCACCAGGAACCUAGGAGAGAAAACUCGGAUUACCUAUCAAUUUAUCGGUGAUUUGAUCUUUGGGAGCUGUAGCUAUCUCCGAGGGUUGACUUACCAUUGGAAAGAAGAGUUUAACACUAUUCAGUUGUUGGAUAUUACCAAGUUUGCCGGAUUCCAUCAAGCGAUCCGCAAUCUCAGGACAUUCAAGUUCGACUAUUGCUGUUUCCCCACGCGAGCCACUCACGAUCUUCUCACCGCCAUCUCACAGCAUGCCAACAACAUUCAAAAUCUUCUAAUCAGCGCAGACUGCUACGUCCGCCCGGACACAAUUUUACGACUCAUAAAGUCCCAAUGUGGUAUCAAGGUUCUCACCAUAGACAUUCAUCUGGAAAACAAUCCCGAGUUAUUGUAUUUGACAAUACGACAUCACGCUCAUUCGCUGACCCAUUUGAAGUUGGAGGCGAUGAGUGAAUUUGAGCAGCUUCUGCAAUUAUUGGUUGCCUGUAAGAAUCUGGAAACCUUGGAGAUUCUAGGAUUCGACCCUGAAAUCAUUCCUGACCUCGAGAAACACCCAAUACCUCAGAUUAACAUCAAAGAUCUCUAUUGCUUGCCAAUCACGGACGGUGGAAAAGCCGACAUGGUUAGCCAGGCACAAAUAAGCUCAAUUGUGUACCUUCUCAAGAUGUCUAACCAAAACCUUCGAACCUUCACUUAUCUGGCUUGCGUUUCGCCUGAACUCAUGAAAGCCAUUGAAAACUAUUGCCCACACAUCACCCAUCUGUCGUUAGCCAUUCAAGGUGAAAAUUUUGGCGAACUUUUUUGCCUUCUAUCAAAGCUAGUGAAAUUGGAAAAUUUCGUGUUGAAAAUUCUUCCGGAUUUCGAUAUCAUUCCCGCGUACAUUGUUCAAAAAUUAGCAAUUUCACUUCCACCUACCCUACACACGCUAGGACUUCAUGUAUCCAUCACAGUCAUGAGCCUGAAUGUUUUACUAAAUGAAUUUGACGGAAAGAUCAGGAUGUUGACACUGUACCAAACUAUCAUCACCGAUGCACAUUUGGAAAUUAUUGCCAAAUAUUCGAAGGAUCAUGAUGAAUGUGUAAAGGAGGUCAGAUUCCCAUUAAAUUCCAUAGAUCACGAGAGACUGAAGUUCACAAUUCCAGUAGUUGGAGAAGCAAAGUCCAUAUAUACUCCUUUUUAUGGUAACCUCGAUGAAACUAGAUUCUGA